GUCUGGCAAUCCUGCUGCCCCUGGCUUCCGCUGAUGGGUCUGUAGGCGCCUGCCAGAACCUGGUGGCCAGCGUUGCGGAGAUGGACGACAUGUACUUGGCGGCCCUUUGCCGGGCACGUCUUGGUCACGACUGCGACAAGCUGCUGUCUGCGUUGGGACCCAGGCCCUGGGGGCUGCAGGAUCAGGUUUCCGCGUGCGAGCAGAACAAGGAGAUCCUGGACGAUCGGCACCUCUUCGGGUCGACGACAUCCGCACCUUUGGAUGAGACCACGCAGCCGAAGAAGUCGAAGCAGCAGAUGGUCCUCGAAGCCCUCGAAGCAGGCAAUCCUGGCCAGGACUCGGCAGGCGACGACGCUCCUUCUCCGGCCGCCCCGGCCGUGGUCCCCUCCGCUUCUCGCAUCGUCGGGCCGGCUCUGC